CGUGACCCCAGGUCCCGUGACCCCAGGUCCCGUGACCCCUGAUCCCUGACCCCAGGUCUCUGGCGACGAUGGUGAGGUCCGGGCUGUGGACGACUCUUUGGGGUCGACGUCUCUCCCUACGCCUCGUCAGCUCGCCCCGGGCGUCCACCUCCUUGUCCACCUCCUCCUCGUCCACCCACUCCACCUACUCCACCUCUUCGUCCACCUCGAACCCCACGCAGCCGGGUCAUGAGCUCGGCAGCUCAGCGCAGGAGAAACAGAGGAGGCAAGCAGUGCUCAAGACUCCCAAGGGCAUGAGAGACAGUGACCCCCACAGAAUGUCUCUGGUGAGCCAUGUGCUCGACACGGCGAUCAGCUGCUUCCGCAGGCACGGGGCACAGGCCAUGGACACUCCACUCCUGGAGCGCAAGGACAUCCUGGUGGGUCACUAUGGGGAGGAGGCACGGCUCAUCUACGAGCUCCAGGACCAGGGAGGAGAACACCUCGCGCUGCGCUACGAUCUCACGGUGCCGUUUGCGCGCUACCUGGCGAGUGGCCGGGUGAGCCGCAUGAAGCGCUACCAGGUGGGGCGAGUUUACCGCAGGGACAACCCCUCGCUCGCCCAGGGGCGACUACGCGAGUUCUGGCAGUGCGACUUUGACAUUGCUGGCCACUACGAGGCGAUGGUUCCAGACGCGGAGUGCAUCAGAGUCAUCAACGAGCUGCUCACAGACCUGAAUGUGGGGGAAUUCACCAUUCGGGUGAGUGAGCGGAGGCUGCUGGGAGCGGUGCUCACCGUGUGUGGACUCCCGGCGUCACUCAUCCCAGGGGCGACUUCGGCCAUCGACAAACUAGACAAGGUGACAACCACCACCACAACCACAACCACCACAACCACCACCACCACAACCACCACAACCACCUCCACCACAACCACAACCACCUCCACCAACACCACCACCAUCACCAUCACCACCAGCUCCACAACCACCAACACCACCACCACAAGCACCACCACCAACACCAACACCACAACCACCACCACCAACACCAACACCACAACCACCACCUCCAUCACCUCCACCACCUCCACCACCUCCACCACCACCACACUUCAACCGCGUAUGUGAGCGGUGCAUGCGUGUGUGCGUGUGUGUGUGUCUGUGUGUGUGUAUGUGUGCGUGUCUGGCUGUGUGUAUGCGUGUGUGUGCGUGUGUGUGUGUGUGUCACUGUGUGUCUAUCUGUGUGUGCGUCUGUGUGUGUGUGCGUCUGUGUGUGUGUGUCUGUGUGUGUGUGUGUAUGUGUGUGUGUGUCUGUGUGUGUGUCUGUGUGUGUGUAUGUGUGUGUGUGUCACUGCGUGUGUGUGUGUGUCUGUGUGUGUCUGUGUGUGUGUCUGUGUGUGUGUCACUGUGUGUCUGUGUGUCUGUGUGUGUGUCUGUGUGUGUGUCUGUGUGUGUGUCUGUGUGUGUCACUGUGUGUCUGUGUGUCUGUGUGUGUGUCUGUGUGUGUGUCUGUGUGUGUGUCACUGUGUGUGUG